GUCAUAAUGUUACAAAAAUGAAAUUGUACAAGAAUAAAGUCAAUGUAAUAUGGAAAUAAUGUCAUAAUAUUUCAACAAUAAAUCAUUAUAUUAUGAGAAAAAUAAAUUGUACAAGAAUAAAGCAGAAAUAUUACGAAAUUAAAGUCAUGAGGCUUUCCUUGUUUUUAUAGGAAUUUAUUCUCAUAAUUUUAUUUCUUUAUUUUCUUAAUGUGGCCCUGCUACUAGGUUGCAUAAAAUCUUUUCAUUCUGCAUUAGGCAUAUAAUAAUAAUAGUCUUCCAAUUUAUCAAGCAAUCUAGUUACUUUCAAUUAAUCAGUUAAGUAACUAAGUUGCCUUUUCCUUCUGAGUGGGUGUUAAAUAAAAUGUGGAAACAGUGAAACGGUGUGUUUUUACUCCACUGAUGCAGAGAAACAGCAGCUGAUGCUAUUAAUCUUUAACAUCUGCAGAGGAAACAUCCCAGCGUCAUGUGAGGAGCUGCACUUUACUCUCAUCUGGAGGAAACCGCAGCAGAAACACGACUUCGGCCGCAGAGGAACCAGAACCAGGUGAAGCUCCUGAUGGAGCCAAACGAUGCUAAAUUCAAACAGCUCAUUCUGGAUUAAACUUUCAUUUUAAAGCUGUGACUUUUUGUUCUACUUGAAGGCAGCAGCAGCAGCAGAAAACCCAGAAGCAGGUCUGAACAAUGUGGCUGAUUUUCACGGCUCUUCUGGCCGCCUCGUUAAACCCACAGAGCCAGGCUUCGGUGACUUUUGCUUCCACCUGCUGGGUCAAAGGUCAACCAGCCGAAGAGCUGAUUUUACUCUGCGGUGAUGGAGAACAUGGAGGUGUGGUCCAGUUCUGGCACACGCCGUUCGGUGACCUUCAGAGCUCUGGUUCCCAGUCCAAACUGGACCCAGUGUUUAUGCACCACGAUGGGAGCCUCGUUAUCCCAAACUCCAGCAUCCACCAUGGUGGGCUGUACUACUGCAUCCUGCGGCACGCGGAGGGAUCCACGCUGUGGCCCUUCGAGCUUCAUGUGGACCAAAACAUGGCGGCUGAGGCUGAGGACGGGCGCGGCGGCGGCGGCGGCGGCGGCGGCUGUGCUGCACGCCGGUUCAGGAGGAAUGCAGCUUUUCCAGGCGAGAGGGAAGCCGUGAUUCCAGAUGAGAUUUUUGCAGGAGCCGUGGCUGCAUCGGUGCUCCUGACGUUUGUGGUGGGAUUCAGCGCUGGAGCUCUGUCACGGACUCCUGUUCUCAGGUGCUUAAAGUCACUCGCUCCAAAGCAGCGAAGACGUCAACCUGACGAACCAGACGGCUCUCAGGUUACCAUGGCAACCCUGCCACCCAUGUACGACAACCAGGCCUGCAGGACGGCAGCGACGCCCCGUGACUCCCGAUUCUGGCGAACCGCUGAGACACAAACUCCGCUUUCAACCCCGUCUCCACCCGCCAAACCCAUGCGGAGCUUUCGGCUCAAAGCAGAAGAAAAAAAAGAAGAAGAACCGGAAAGAACUGCUUAUUUGGAAGGAUGUGAUUCCAACCUGACGGAGGAGGAAACCGGAAGCAGAGAGGAUGGUGAAGCAAAGGAGGAAGAUGAGAGCGCCAAGCCAGAUGAAAAGGAAGACGAUGAAGAGAGUGAAACAGAAGACAGAGAGGAAGAUGAGGAUGGAGAAGCGAGCGCAGAGGAGGAGGUAGCAGAAGAAGAAAAACAAAAAACAGACGAGAGUGGAGAGUUGGAGCAGGAAUUCGCAGGAACAGACGAGGAGAGGAGCGUCAAAGCGGAAGCUGAGCCGGAAGGAGAAGAGCCGCCGUCCGGUUCUCCUCGGCGCCGCAGCCGCGUUAUCCGCCUGUACCAAUACGAUGAGGACGGCCAGCGAUUCGGUCACCUCCCGGACACGGAGGCCCCUGAACCGGCCCCCAGGCCCAGGCAGCGCUCCCGGUCUCUGACCCGCCUGAACGCCAUCAUGGCGGCGGCCGCCACGGGGCCGAUGGAGGCGACGGAGCCAGAGGAGGAGAAGCAGCACUUCCACAUGGACAUUUAAGACUCGUGUUAUUCUGUUUCAAUCAUUAUCACCUUAUUUUUACAACAAUGACGUACAUAAGAAAAAAGGAAUAAAAUUACCCUCCCUUUAUUAGCACAUGCGCAAAUUAGCUGAUGGUACGGAUUAUACUUCCGGAACAGGUCGUGCAAAAUGGAGGCGAUGUAAAGUUUGAGGCCUAGACCGCAUAUAGCCAGAAAAACUAUAUAAUAAAUAUAAAAAAUCUUAAAAUUUAUAUGUUUGUAUGUUUUGGUGUUUCACUCACAAAGAAGCUGUUUAAUAUCACAAACAUUAUUUAUGAAAAAAGAUCAGAAUAAAAUAGAUUGAGAAAAUGUUUUUGUGUAUGUUCAUGGGAAAACGGACAAUUAGGUCCCGCGCAAUAUAAUUGCUAUAAAUAACCGGCCAAUAUGCCCACAUAUUUGCUUCAACAUGACUACCGAUCAUAUGAUGGCGUAUCAGGACUAGUGCAGAUAGAAAAAAGGAGAAAUAUUUUGGCAGAAAUAUUUACGUUUCUGCCAAAAAACUCAAAUUUUGAGACUAUUCUGAGAAAUUGACUUUUGAAACGGAGAAAAUUUCAGUCUGAAAAGUCAAAUUUACUAUAAUAAAGUAAAAUUAAAUAAGAGUUUUAAAAUGUGAGAAUAUUAAAAGUUUUUGGUUUGUUAAAAGCAUAUUAAUAUCAGGAUGACCAUCUAAUUUUCUCUUCAGAUUCAGGCUUCUGGCUACAGCUACUGAAAGUAUUCACAGUAAAUAUUUUCACCAACUAUACCUGCUUUUAAAUAUAUUUCUACUCCCUAAACACUUUAACCUAAGUGGUUAAACGAAAUCUAGAAAGUAUUAGAACAUUUCUGGUCAUUUGUAUAACAAUGUAAGUCGGGCCACAAACAUUCAGCAACUUGGGCAUCCAGUUAUUAAAUUCGACU